CCGGGAUCUAAGAUUAAUUUCGUCAUAUCAUCACCAAUUGAUCCGAUUGCUACUGAUUGAUAACCACUGACUUAACCUGUAAACAAAACAAUGUGCCUAAGAAAUUCGCAUCUAAAUUUUUUUGUAGAUGAGAUAAAAGUUAUAUACAUUAUAUCAUAUAUUAUAUGUUAUAUGUUAUAUAUACAUAGAUACAUAUAUAUCAUAUAUCAUAGUAGAACACUUAUAGAUGAAGAUACUAGAAGAGAGACAAAGUUUCCUAUCCAACUAUGAGGUGGAACAACAUUUAAAGGAUAUCAAGAGGAAAUAUAACUGGACUUUCAAUGAGAAAGAUGAAGAAGAAUUACAAAAGGAUAAACGGAAGAAUAAGAAAAGAUUUGAUGCAUGUGGAGUUAAUUUAGAAGUAAUAACUAGAGAUGUGUUGGCAUAUUUACGUAAUGGACCUCCAUCUAUUAUAGAUACUACCAGUAAUUUUAAGGAAUUAGGGAUCUUUUUAAAUCAAUUUGAAUUAAUGAAAGUUGAAAAAUUACAAAUCAUCAAUACAUUACCAAGAUCAAUGGUAAUUUUAUAUUCACUCGUUGAAGAAUGUGAUCAAAGAUUUUCAGAAGAAAUAUGUGAAUCCAUCAUUGAGAAAAUUGAUCAAUUAUUCCCUCUUGAAGAAACUGAAGAAGCUGAAGAUCAAGAUCAAGAAGAAGCUGAAGAUGAAGAUCAGGAGGAUGGUCAAGAUGACGAUAAUAUGGAAUAAAUCAAAAAUCUAUUCUCUAUUACUAUAUAGAUUGUACAAUAUACUAUUAAUGAAAUCAUAUUUAAUGAAUAUAUAUAUAUAUAUAUAUAUAUA